UUGUCUAUUCUUAAUUCUCAUUCAGAAUCGCGAUUUUGUAGUUUGUACUGUGGAAUUACGAGUCAUUGAGUCUCCUAGGCUUAAGCCGGCGUUUCCUUCGCGAUUGACUUACUGAUUGUCACGAUUUAAGUAAAACGUGUUUUAGAAAUUCCGACUAACACAAGGAUUCUCGUGCAAAACUUGUACUUGUAUUAAUUGUUACUAAUAAUGGCUGCUAUGUCAGUUAUAGGUAUUGAUUUUGGCAAUGAAUCUUGUUAUAUCGCUGUUGCUAAAGCAGGUGGCAUUGAGACAAUAGCUAAUGAUUACAGUCUUAGAGGCACACCAUCAUGUGUUGCUUUUUCACAAAAAAACCGAAUAUUAGGUGUAGCUGCAAAAAAUCAAAUGGUUACCAAUAUGAAGAAUACUGUCUUUGGUUUCAAAAGACUCCUGGGUAGAAAGUUUUCAGAUCCACAUGUUCAAAAAGAAUUUAAGAAUUUCCCAUUCAAGGUGGAACCCAGACCUGAUGGUGGUAUAGGAAUCAGGGUAAAUUAUCUCGGGGAAGAUAAUGUGUUCAGCCCAGAACAGAUAACUGCUAUGCUGUUUACAAAGCUCAAAGAGAGUGCAAUGAUUGCCUUACAAACUCCAAUUAAUGAUUGUGUCAUUUGUGUUCCGAGUUACUUCACUAAUGCAGAGAGAAAUGCUUUGCUUGAUGCAGCUGCUAUUGCAGGCCUAAAUGUACUUCGUCUUAUGAAUGAAACAACUGCAACUGCUUUGGCUUAUGGCAUUUAUAAACAAGAUCUGCCCACUCCGGAAGAAAAGUCCAAAAAUGUUGUUUUUGUUGAUUUUGGUCAUUCCUCACUGCAGGUUUCAGCUUGUGCCUUUAAUAAGGGAAAGUUGCGUGUUUUGGCAACAUCUUGUGAUGCAUUCUGUGGUGGCCGGGAUAUCGAUACAGCACUUGCUGAAUACUUCUGCCAAGACUUCAUUUCUAGGUACAAACUGGACCCAAAAAAAAAUCAAAGAGCAUAUCUACGACUAUUGCAAGAAGUAGAAAAGUUAAAGAAGCAGAUGUCUGCAAAUAAUACUCGUUUGCCGCUCAACAUUGAAUGCUUUAUGGAGGAGCGAGAUGUUAGCGGUGACAUGCAGAGAUCACAAAUGGAACAGCUGUGUGCCGAAACAUUCUCCCGUAUCGAGAAAACAUUGAGAAAUAUUUUGUACAAUGCAAAAUUAAGGUCUGAGGAUAUUAGUUCAGUAGAAAUUGUUGGAGGCUCUACAAGAAUUCCUGCCGUCAAGAACUUGAUUGAAAAUGUUUUCGGAAAACAGCCAUCAACUACACUGAACCAGGACGAGGCGGUGUCCCGCGGGUGCGCACUGCAGUGCGCCAUGCUGAGCCCGGCCGUGCGCGUGCGGGAGUUCAGCGUCACGGACGUGCAGCCAUACGGCGUGCGGCUGGCCUGGGACCAGGACGGGGACAUGGAGGUGUUUCCGGCAUUCCACGCUGCGCCAUUCUCUAAAAUGCUGACAUUCUACAGAAAGGAACCAUUCUCCGUCAGCGCUUUCUACUCUGAGCAAGUACCGUAUCCCGACUCCUUCAUAGGUCAGUGGUACAUCAAAGAUGUGCAGCCAACUCCAGAAGGGGAGUCCCAAAAAGUUAAACUAAAAGUGAGAGUAAACAUCCACGGUAUUAUUACCGUCGCGUCCGCUUCACUUGUUGAAAAGAAACAAGAGGUGGGACAGAGUGAGGGUGUGGAAAUGGAGAAUGCCAAUGAAAAUGCACCGAACCAGAAAUGUCAAGAGCAACCGAUGGAUACGAAUGGAACUCAGGAACAGCAGAAUGGACCUGAAAAUCAAGAGGUGAGAGAGGACGAAAUGAAAGGAGAGCCGGAAGAAAAACAAUCGUGGACACAGAGAGUAGGACAGUGGUUCAGCGGGGAGGAUGAUAAAAAGGACAAGUCAAAGGACAAAACUAAGAAGGUUCUUGUUAAAACAGUUGAGCUUCCGAUUGAUUCUCGCACACAUGGCCUUUCUCAGACCGAGUUGAAUAGUUUCUUGGAACAGGAGGGUAAAAUGCAAGCCCAGGACCGGCAGGAGAAGGAGCGCGCGGACGCUCGCAACGCGCUCGAGGAGUACGUGUACGAGCUGCGGGGCAAGCUGUGUGAUGGAGUGCUGCGGGACUUCAUUGGAGACGAGCCUCGCGACAGACUCAUCAGCUCGCUGGACUCCAUCGAGACGUGGCUCUAUGACGAGGGCGAGGAUCAGACGCGUCAGGUGUACAGCGACAAGUUAACCCAACUGAGAACGGAGGGUGAACCAAUCCAGCAAAGACGUCUUGAAUUUGAGCUUCGCCCCGGAGCUUUGGAUGAUUUUGCACUCGUUAUACAACUGACUAACAAGGCUGUUGAUCUAUACAGAUCUGGCGAUGCUAAGUACUCCCACCUGGUGGAGGCGGACAUCCAGAAAGUAUGCGAGGCCAGCAAGAACGCCCUGAGCUGGCUGGAGAGUGCGCGACACGCCCUGGCGCGGGCGCCGCUCACACAGGCGCCGCCGCACACCACGCACCAGAUACGGCAGGAGAGACAGAACUUCGAGAACAUUGUUAACCCCAUCAUAAACAAACCAAAGCCCAAGGAGAAGACUCCCCCGCCGGCCACCGCCGGAGACGGUCAGGAGACCACGACUACUGCCAGCUCGGAGCAGGCCCCACCUUCCCAGGAACAAAUGGAUGUUGAGUGAACACACAAUAUCUUAGAAUGCACGGACUUCACAACACAUUUUAACACAAACUGAUAACACUGUCUGUACUCUCACCUAAUUGUAUGUUGGGUCUAUAGAUAUAUAAAACAUGUGGGGUGCAGGCCGAGUGCCAUGGUGCCACGAGUAAUGCUUUUUGUAUAAUUCAAAUAAUACAUGCUCUUGCAUUGUGGUGUAAAUAAUAUUAUUUUAAAUUGUUCAUGUCUUUGAGUUUGACUAAAACAUUUAUUUUUCUUUUUUUUUUGUUGCGGUUUGUGAAGUGAUGAAUACUUAAAGUAUCCAUGCUCCGUCAUUUAUUUAGUUAUUAUUAUUAGAACAACACUGAGGAAUACUAAAUUAAAUAUUAUGAAAUGUUAGGUAUUUCAGCAAAGCAUUUCAAUAUAAAAGAUAUUCUCACAGUGGAAAGUGAAAAAAUUAUACAAGUUUAGUCAAAAUUACCACAAUAUAUAAUUAUUUUAUGUCAAUUUUAUUUGUUAGUGUUCUAAUAAGUUUCGAUCCUACAGCGAGUGGGUUAUCACUUCAAUAAUUAUAAAUUUUUAUUUCAGCAUGAUAAUAUACCCCAUCUGUUUGGGUGUGUGAUGAUUUGAUGAAUGAGAUUUGAUGAAUAAUCAACUAAGUAGAUAGUUAUAGUGCAUUUCUAAAUCAAUUUAACGCAAUAUAGUAUUAUUAUUAAUACACAUUUUCGUUUUUAUAUCUAUGAAUUACAGUGGAAUGGGAAAUAAGCAAAUAACAGCAUGUUUCAAAAUGAAUAAUUGAGAAGAAUAUUGGAACUUGAAACUAACUCAUAAAAUCCAUAAGUGAAGUAGUCCAAGAAAAUGUUAUGUCUUUUUAAGAUCCUUAUAGUGAAAAGCGAUAAAUAUAAAUAUAGUACUCGAUAAAUACUAGAGCCAAUUCCAUCAAGAAAAAGUUUUACACUAGAUUAAUUGAAUGACUAAAAGGUGACAAUUUAUGUAAAAUGAAAGUAAUUUGAUCUUAACUCGUAAGUUGUGUCCAUGAAGGUAUUGUAACGAGCACACGUACUGUACUGUGUGUGGUGAACAAACAAACUGCUGAAUGUGACUUAGAUCAGUACUAAGUCGGUGUAAGACUCUAUAUUCACUGUGUGCCUGUAUUAUGUUGUAUUAGUAGAGCAUACUUCUGCAGUAAAAAGUGACAUUCCACUUUCAAAUUACAUCGGAUCUUUUUUCUUUAUGUACAAUUCAGCUGGGCAUUUAAAUAGGCGAUUUCUAUUUAUUAUCACAAAUUGUUCUUUCGGCGUUUUCUUAAAAGUUUACAUGGUUGAACCAUUUAUAUUAUGUUACAUGUGCAUUCUUAUGUUGCAGGCUUAGUUUAAUAAAUAAUUUAACUCA